UUUCUUUCUUUCUUCUCCGAAAGAGCGACAAGCAAACCCUACCCUCCACCCCCGAAUCCCCCCCUCGAAGGAGCACGAAGCUUGGGAACCGGCGGAACCAGAUCAACGAUGGUGUGCAUUCGCAAGGCCACAGUGGACGACCUGCUGGCCAUGCAAGCUUGCAAUCUGAUGUGUCUACCCGAGAACUACCAGAUGAAGUACUACCUGUACCACAUCCUGUCUUGGCCUCAGCUCCUCUACGUGGCGGAGGACUACAACGGCCGGAUCGUCGGGUACGUCCUGGCGAAGAUGGAGGAAGAGACCAACGAGUGCCACGGCCACAUCACCUCUCUCGCCGUCCUCCGCACUCAUCGCAAGCUGGGACUCGCCACGAAGCUCAUGAAUGCUGCUCAGAAUGCCAUGGAACAGGUUUAUGGGGCUGAGUAUGUUUCGCUGCAUGUGCGUAAAAGCAAUCGUGCUGCAUUCAAUUUGUACACUGAAACACUGGGGUACAAGAUACAUGAUGUGGAGGCGAAGUACUAUGCAGAUGGAGAGGAUGCAUAUGACAUGAGGAAGCAGCUCAAGGGAAAGCAGAACCAUCAUCACCAUCAUCAUCAUCGUCAUGGGCACGGGCAUGGGCAUGGUCAUGGUCACCAUCAUCAUCAUCAUCAUCAUCAUGGGGAUGGGUGUUGUUCGGGUGACAUCAAAUCCGGGGGAAUUGAAGCUGGACAAAAGCUGGAUUCGAAGGCCAACAAAGCAGGCUAAUGAAGAGAGUUGAAGUGGGAGCUCAGACAUACUGUUGGCUAUUUUUAUGUCAUUUUGCUGUUAGUUCAGGUACUUUCUCCGUGAAAAGAAGAAGGAAAUUGCAGCUCUUGAAAGUUUAAUGGAAACUCUUCAUAAGUUAGCUUUGUGAGCCAUUCAUUCUGAAGCGUGUUCCAUAAAUUACCUUACAUCAUUUAGCGAGUAUUUGUGUCGCUUUAUCGACAUUCCUUUUCUCACUUACGUUUUAGCCAUAACCCCUGUUUUCCUCUGGUCUAUAAAUGGUGGUGACAUGUUUUAUGUGCUACCAUGGGAUUUGAUGACUUUAAUCACAAGCGAAGGUGCACCCUCGGAAGGGGUCACGGCCUCUCUUUUUGUUCGGAGUUGUUAUAAAUGAUAGUGGAGUGUGAUCCCAGUAAAUGUGUGACUGAGGAGGCCAUCGGAGCGAAUUUAACUUCAGCUUCUGUUUUUGCUUUUAAUGUUUGAGGCUUGAUUGUUAUUUUAAAUGGAACUUUCUCUGUGGCAUAUGUUAUGUGGACAUUUGUAUACGAAUCUAUUAUUUUUAUUGGGA